GAACCGGCACUGGUGGGAGCGGACCGGAACGGAACCAACCGUGCUGGGACCGGACCGGGACCGGACCGGGACCGAACCGGGAGUGGUGGCACCGAACUAGAUCCGAACCAGGACCGAACCGGGACCAAAGCAGGAGUGGUGGGACCGAACUAGAUCCGAACCGGGACCAAACCAGGAGUGGUGGCACCGAACUAGAUCCGAACCGGGACCGAACCGGGACCAAACCAGGAGUGGUGGGACCGAACCGGGACCGCUGGGACCAAACUGUGGCCGGUGAGACUGAACCGGGAUAGAACCGUGCCCGGUGGGACAUAACCGGUACCGAACGGUGCCCGGCGGUACCGAACGGUGCCCGGUGGGCCAUAACCGGUACCGAGCCCGGUACUGUCGGGCCGCUCGGGCGCGCAUGGACCCCGACGCGGUGGUGCAGUGCCCGUACGACCGGAACCACCAGGUGCGCGAGUCCCGGCUGCCCUAUCACCUGGUGCGCUGCCAGCAGAACAACCCGCAGGUGUCGCGCACCUUGGCCACGUGUCCCUUCAACGCGCGCCACCGCGUCCCGCGCGCGCUCCUGCGCGCCCACGUGGCCUCGUGCCCCGACAAACUGCCGCUGGAGCUGCCGCCAGACCCCGAGGAGGACAUGGCCAAGACUGCCCACACCUGGCAGCCCCCCCCGUGCCAGGAGGACUGGGACGCAGAGCUGAGCGAGCUGGAGCUGGAGGAGCCGCCCCCGUUCAUCCUCCAGGUCACCAAGGGGGACCUGCCCGUCCCCUGCCACAGCCCCGACCCCGCCGCGCCCCCGGAGGGGCUGGCGCUGAGGAAGCCGCGGCCGGCGACAGCGGCACCGCACUUGGGGACAGCGGGACCGCGCUUGGGGACAGCGGGACCGCGCCUGGGGACAGCGGGACCGCGCUUGGGGACAGCGGGACCGCGCUUGGGGACAGCCGGACAGCGCUUGGGGACAGCCGGACCGCGCUUGGGGCAGGGGCGGCCCCGGCCGGGGACGGCGGGGGGAAACCGGGGGGUCGCGGGGCCCGGGGGGGCCCCCCCGGCUGUCAGAUAUCUCCGGAAAUAA